AUGGCUGCAGUGGACUAUGAGUACGAGGUGGACCACCUCGUUAUCGGCGCAGGAGUAGUCGGUCUGGCGAUUGCAGAGAAAUUGGCAGCAAGAGGAGGAGGAUCGACUUUAUUAGUUGAAAAGAACGCGGCUGCUGGACAAGAGACAAGUUCGAGGAACAGCGAAGUCAUUCAUGCAGGACUCUACUACCCACCCGACUCGUUAAAGACGAAACUAUGUAUUCGAGGGAACGAGAUGAUGUACGACCUAUGCGAGCGAUACAACGUCAACCACAAGCAAAUCACCAAAUGGGUUGUCGGUCAGAGUGAGUCCGAUCUCGAGUAUCUGGAAAACCUCUCCAAAAAGGCGGACAGGUUGUUGCCACGGACAAAGCGCAUGCCGGGACCACCCACAUAUCUACUGAGUCAAGAGGAGAUGCGCGCCCAAGAACCGUUUGUCAAGGGCAGGGCUGCGUUGGUGUCGCCCAGGACCGGAAUUGUUGAUGUUCAUGAGCUGAUGCAGCUUUUGGAGGCAAGGACUCAGGAUCAUGGAGGGGACCUUGUUCUUCAAUGCGAAGUCAAUGGUCUCGAAAAGUUGGCCAGGGGAGGCUUCAAGGUGUCGAUGGAUACUCCUGCAGGACCUGUGGUUGUCAAGGCAGCGACGGUGAUUAACAGUGCUGGGUUGCACUCGGACAUGGUGUACAGCAUGAUGCAGUGGCCUUCUGUGGCGCCAAAAGCUACAACAAUAUACACGUUGGCUGGAGAUGAUGCGAGUGUGAAGGAUGCAAGUCUUGCCGAUCUGGACCCGACCAACUUUGAGCCACCAUUGCCUCCAUUUAAGCUGCACUACUGCAAAGGUCACUACUAUGGCUACUCAGGAAAGGCGCUAGUAUCCCGACUGAUCUACCCUGUACCGGACAGGAACCUGACGAGUCUCGGGACCCACCUCACUCUUGAUCUGGCAGGACGGAUGCGGUUCGGUCCAGAUGUGCUAUACGUUGACGACCCUCAUGAUUACUCGAUCGACCCGUCGACUGUGGGCUCGACAUCAUCAAUGAAGACGGUCGCUCAAGUCAUUCAAACGUAUCUACCAGCGAUCAAGUCGUCUUCACUUUACGCUGACUACGCCGGUAUUAGGUAA